ACCGAGGAGGAAAAAAAACCAAGCCCUUGGCCUUGACCUCACGUCCUCGACCCCGCCGGCUAUUAGCAGAGCCCUCCGGUGUGGAAAGCAAUGCCUUGUGGUUUUUAAGGGAAAAAAGGGGUGACGCCGGUGCCGGCACGCGUCAGGAGGAGCCGGCGUUAUAUAUAUGUACACGCGCGACCGCUCGGCCGGGCUGAGACGCCGGGAAGCUCGCCGCCCCGCAGCCAUGCCCUGCAAGGCGCUCGCCCUCUGCCUCCUGGGGCUCCUGGCUCUUUCCUCCGCUUGCUACAUCCAAAACUGCCCCAUCGGGGGCAAACGGGCCGUCCUGGAUGUGGAGAUCAGGAAGUGCCUGCCCUGCGGUCCCAGGGACAAAGGCCGCUGCUUCGGUCCCAACAUCUGCUGCGGGGAGGAGCUGGGCUGUUACCUGGGCACCUCGGAAGCGCUGCGGUGCCAGGAGGAGAACUUCUUGCCGACGCCCUGCGAGCCGGGGCGCAAACCCUGCGGGGGCAGCGGCGGGAGCUGCGCGGCCCCCGGGCUCUGCUGCGGCAGCGAGGGCUGCGUGGUCGACUCGUCCUGCGACCCAGAAAUGUUGUUUGCCUAGGAGAGAAAAACCUCCAGGAUCCCUUCGCUGCCGGGCUGGGAACAGAUGAGCCACGGGGCCGCGACUCAGAUUUAAGUGAUGCUCUUAACUAGAAAUAAAACUUGUACAGGAAAAAAAAAAAAUAAUAAUAAUAAUAAUAA